AUGGGAAUCGGAAAACGAGUUGAAUCAGAAACAAUACUGAGGCGAGAAUUCCCAAAAAAAUGUCAGUUUUAUGGCGCAGAUCCGGAUCCCAAUCCCAAUAAAGCUUUAUUCGAGGGUAUUAACGGCACCUAUUUUGGAUCAGCGAUUGGUGCCAAAACUGAAGUUAAACAAGCUUUUCUUCUUACAAACAAUGGUUAUAAACCUUAUACUAUCCCUCAUGUGGCUCUUGAAGAGUUUGUAAGCAACAUAGUUGGUAGAAACGAUGUGGUCGAUUGGAUGUCUAUUGAUAUUGAAGGAGGAGAGAUAGAUUUGUUUCCAUCUCUCUUGAAAGGUGGACUUUUUGAUAGACUUGAUAUGGAUAUUUGCCAGCUAAACAUGGAACUUCACUUAGAACCAAAUACAGAUGGUUCUCCAUCAGAUGGCGAUGUUGCAAUCUAUAACUUCGUCCGUGAUGCUUUAGUUUCAAACAGGUUUGUUUUUCUAAAGGUAACAUACCCGUAUAAGAAUCGUGUCACUCAUUACGGUAUAAACGUUGAAAGUCCUCGGUGUCGUCAACGAUACAUGAGUUCGUUGGUUUAAAG